AUGAAUCUUAAUCCCGCAGUUGUUAUGGAUAAUGGUACCGGUUUAACUAAAUUAGGUUUUGCCGGUAAUGAUUCCCCAUCUUGGAUCUUCCCAACUGCUAUUGCUACUGCUUCACCAUCAGGAAAUAAGAAAACUGGCUCUUCAGCUACUUCUUCAUCUGUAUCAGGCUCUGGAACUAAUGGUAGCAAUGGUUCUAGCAACCCAUACUUUGGUAAUUCUACUUCAGCUACCAACUUUGGUGGUUUGACCGGGGGUAAGAUGUUAUUAUCCAAUAAUUUAGCCGGUAAAAGAGGUACCGAAGAUUUAGAUUUUUAUAUUGGUAACGAAGCUUUGGUUGCUGCCCAAUCUCCAAGCUAUUCACUAAGUUAUCCAAUCAGACAUGGUCAAGUCGAGAACUGGGACCACAUGGAAAGGUUUUGGGAAAACUCCAUCUUCAAAUAUUUAAGGACUGAGCCAGAAGAUCAUUACUUUCUACUGACUGAACCCCCAUUAAAUCCACCAGAAAAUAGAGAGCAGGUUGCUGAAAUUUUUUUUGAAUCUUUUAAUUGCGCAGGUCUUUAUAUUGCUGUCCAAGCGGUGCUAGCUUUAGCAGCUUCUUGGACUUCUUCAAAAGUUAUAGAUAGAUCUUUGACAGGUACUGUUAUCGAUUCUGGUGAUGGUGUAACUCAUGUUAUUCCGGUUGCAGAAGGUUAUGUUAUCGGGUCUGCCAUUAAGAACAUCCCAAUUGCCGGUAGAGAUAUUACUGAAUUUAUUCAAUCAUUAUUAAGAGAACGUGGCGAAGCUGAUACAUCUUUAAGAACUGCUGAGCGUAUUAAACAAGAAUAUUGUUAUGUUUGUCCUGAUAUCGUUAAAGAAUUUAAUAAGUUUGAUAGACAACCUGAAAAGUUUGCACAAUUUAUUGUAGAAUCACAAGAAAAGACAAAGCAGAAAGUCGUUGAUGUUGGUUAUGAAAGAUUUUUGGCACCUGAAAUUUUCUUCAAUCCAGAAAUUGCUUCAUCAGACUACUUAACUCCAUUGCCAACUGUUGUUGACCAAACAAUUCAAGCAUGUCCAAUUGAUGUCCGUAAAGGUUUAUAUAACAAUAUUGUAUUGUCUGGUGGUUCUACAAUGUUUAAAGAUUUCAGUCGUCGUUUACAAAGAGAUAUGAAAUCUAUCGUUAAUGCUAGAAUUUCUCAAAAUGAAAAAAUGACAGGUGUUAAAUCUUCUGGUGUUGAUGUGCAAGUUAUUUCCCAUAGAAAACAAAGAAAUGCAGUAUGGUUUGGUGGUUCGCUAUUGGCACAAACUGCUGAAUUCAGAGGCUACUGCCACACAAAGAGAGAUUAUGAAGAAAUUGGUCCGGAAAUUGUCAGAAAUUUCAGUCUUUUCAAUGUUAUGUAA